AUGGCCCCCGCUCCGCCCCCCGCCGCCUCCUUCUCCCCCGCCGAGGUCCAGCGGCGCCUGGCGGCCGGCGCCUGCUGGGUCCGCUGCGGGGCCCGCCUCUACGACCUCACCGGCUUCGUGAGGCACCACCCAGGGGGCGAGCAGCUGCUGCGGGCACGGGCUGGUCAGGAUGUUAGCGCCGACCUGGACGGGCCACCGCACCGGCACUCGGACAACGCGCGCCGCUGGCUCGAGCAGUACUACGUGGGGGACCUGCAAGGAGACCCUCAGGGUUCCAUGGAGAGUGGGGCUGUGACCUCUGCAAGCACCCAGAAGACAGACCCUGCGAUGGAGCCGAAGCUCAAAGAAGUGGACUGGGACAAGGACCUGGUAGACUGGCGGAAGCCCCUACUGUGGCAGGUAGGCCACUUGGGAGAGAAGUACGAUGAGUGGGUCCACCAGCCGGUGUCCAGGCCCAUCCGCCUCUUCCACUCAGAUCUCGUCGAGGCCCUCAGCAAGACUGUCUGGUACAGCGUCCCCAUCAUCUGGGUUCCCCUGAUGCUGUAUCUCAGUUGGUCCUACUACCGAACCCUCGCCCAGGGCAACGUCCGACUCUUCACGUCCUUCACCACAGAGUACUCAGUAGCCAUGCCUGAGUCCACGUUCCCGGCCCUCUUCAUGCUGGGGCUGCUCCUCUGGAGCCUCGUAGAGUACCUCAUCCACCGCUUCCUGUUCCACAUGAAGCCCCCCAGUGACAGCUCUUACCUCAUCAUGCUGCACUUCGUCAUGCACGGCCAGCACCACAAGGCACCCUUCGACGAGUCCCGCCUGGUCUUCCCCCCUGUGCCAGCCUCUCUGGUGAUAGCUUUCUUCUACAUGUUCUUACGGCUUAUCCUGCCCGAGGCGGUGGGGGGCACUGUGUUUGCAGGGGGCCUCCUGGGCUACGUCAUCUACGACAUGACCCACUACUAUCUGCACUUCGGCUCCCCGCACAAGGGCUCCUACCUGUACAACCUGAAGGCCUACCACGUCAAGCACCACUUCGCAAAUCAGCAGUCAGGAUUUGGCAUCAGCACUAAAGUUUGGGAUCACUUUUUCCACACCCUUAUUCUGGAAGAACCCCACCCGAAGAUACAGUGA